AUGCCUGAAGCCAUGACGAAGCCUAGCGUUGAUAUGGAAGCGCUGUCCAAGAAAAAGCCCGAGGAAACCAGUUUUGCGGAAUUGGGUAUUUCCGAGGCUUUGUGCGAAGCUUGCGAAAAGCUCAAUUUCAAGCAUCCUACAGAGAUUCAGAAAGAAUCGAUUCCUUGGGCUCUCGAAGGCCGUGAUAUCAUUGGUCUUGCUCAGACUGGUUCUGGUAAAACUGCCGCAUUUGCGCUUCCUAUUAUUCAGAGAUUGUGGGAUAAUCCUCAGGCAUUCUUUGCUUGUGUUAUGGCCCCCACGAGAGAAUUGGCUUACCAGAUUGCCGAGACAUUCGAAGCUUUGGGAUCCGUCAUUGGUGUGCGUUGUGCGGUGAUUGUUGGUGGCAUGGAUAUGAUGACCCAGGCCAUUGCGUUGUCCAAGCGACCUCACAUUUUGGUAUGCACGCCUGGUCGUCUUCAAGAUCAUUUAGAGAACACCAAAGGGUUCAGCUUGCGCACACUCAAAUACUUGGUGAUGGACGAAGCCGAUCGUUUGUUAGAUCUCGAUUUCGGCCCCAAGAUUGAUCAGAUUCUCAAAGUCAUUCCCCGUGAACGCAAUACGUUCCUUUUCUCUGCUACCAUGACCACCAAAGUGGCCAAACUACAACGUGCAAGUUUGUCCAAACCUGUCAAAGUGGAAGUCGCUACAAAAUAUUCUACCGUCAAAACAUUGUUACAAUACUAUCUUUUCUUCCCAUUGAAACACAAGGAUUGCUACAUGGUUUAUCUGCUGAAUGAACUUGCCGGCAACUCUACCAUCAUUUUUACCCGCACAUGCAAUGAUACACAGAAAAUCGCCAUUAUGCUGCGUAAUCUUGGCUUUGCUGCCAUUCCAUUGCACGGUCAGUUGGCUCAGGCAAAGCGUUUGGGUGCAUUGAACAAAUUCAAAGCAGGAACACGCAACAUUCUGGUGGCGACGGAUGUGGCGAGUCGUGGUCUUGAUAUUCCAAUGGUGGACGUUGUUAUCAACUACGAUGUGCCCCAGUCAUCCAAAGAUUACAUUCAUCGUGUCGGUCGUACCGCUCGAGCAGGCCGAUCCGGCAAAUCCUUGACGUUUGUCACACAGUAUGAUGUCGAAUUGAUUCAGCGUAUUGAAAAGGAUUUGGAACGAAAGUUGGAUGGUUAUCCUGUCGAGAAAGAUCAAGUCAUGAUGUUGCAGGAACGUGUUAGCGAAGCACAGCGUAUUGCGACGUUGGAACUGAAAGAGCGCGGUGGUGCACGAGGCAAUUCGAAGCGCGGUCGAGGAGCUGAUAACGACGACGACGACCAAGAUCUCGAAGAAAAGAAAGAUAAUGGACAGAAAAAGCGCUUCAACAACAAGAAGAGACGUUAA